AUGAAUUAAAAUUAUAUUGACCAAGCCUUUUAGACUAAGGUUUCAAAUUCAAUUUAUAUUCAUAGCAAUUCUAUAGAGCAUUUGGUAAUUAUUUUGGACCUCAUACUUCAACACCAAGUAUGGCAUCAGAAUAUUUAUCAUCAACAAGAACUUAGACAUCUAACUUGAACAAAUAAAAUAGUUUAAGCAAACGAAUUACAACCCCUUAAAAUGUUAGCAAGCCAAUAAAUUUAAAUUCUUGUAGAGUAAAAACAUAGACUCAACAUAUUUAUAAAUAACAGCCAAUAGUCCAUCAUAUUAAAAGUUUAUCAUCAGACUUAAAGAAUCAAACUUAAUAAAAAAGAUUCAAACAAGAGAAAAUAAUAUUGUAUACUGAACCAGAGUAACAUCCUUUUUUAAUCAUAUAAAAAAAAGCAAAAGAAUUACGAAAAAUUGAAUCUCGAAAAAGUACUUUACCUUCAAUAUAAACGGAAUCUUAACAUAGUGCAAGACUUCCAGAAAUAUCUUAAACAAUUCAAAUUCCAAUAAUACAAAUAACAGAACCUUUAGAGCAACAUUCAUCUAAAGCUUAAGAAAAUGAAUCUGAAAAAGAUUACGAAUCUAUUGAAGAAGAUGAUAAUUUUAUAGGAUAAAAAACAAUGAAGAAACUCUCUGUUAGAUUGAAGUUUAAAAAUGCUGUAUAAACUUAAGUUUCUACACUUUUUAUCAACAAAUAAGUAAAUAUAUAUGUAAUUUAUAUUUCAGCCAAAGUCACUCUUUAAUGUUAUAAUUUCACCUGAAUUCACAUUAAAGCAUGAAGAAGAACGAUAAAAAAUUAGUGAUGCUUUUGAAGCAGGCAAUUUUAUAUUAUAUAAAAUUAAGUAAUUCGAAUAAAAACGUGUAACCUAAAAAAAAAAGUUAUUUAAAUCAAUAUUCAAUAUAAAACAUCCUCAUAAAAUGAAUAAUAUUGUCAGUUCAUAAAUUGCUAAACUUAAUACUACCAAUAAAGCAUUUCAAAGAAAAAUUAAAAUGAUUCUUACUACAACAGAAAAUAGCAAAGAAAUUGAAUAACCAUAAUAAUUUUCAUUAUUAUCUAAAUUUAAGAAAAGCCAAUUUAGUUAAUAAGGAAGUAAUGAACAUUUUCCUUAACCUAUAAACUUAAAUAAAGAUUAAUUUACUAUUACUAUUACUAAUGAUAAAUUAGAGAAUGAAAUUUACCUAUUUAAAAGGCCUAAAUUUUCUAUUUAAAUAGAUUAGGUUAUUGAAGAAGUUCAAAUUUCAUAGACUCUAUCUAAAUAAGCUAAUUCUCCUGGAAGAAGAAUUUUAAAGCAUUCAGGAUCAAUGCAUCAAUCAUAAAAACAUAUUAAUUUAAGGCAUUCAGUCUCAUAAUAAAUAAUUAAAGAAGAAUUUUAGAAUUUUUCCAUUGUAUCCUAUGUUGAAGAAAAUAACAACCUAGAUUUUAAUCAAGAAUUCCCUAAAGUACAAUUAUUAUUGUUUAUUCAAGUCUAAUUUAUAUGUCAGACUUUACUAUUAAAGUAGAUUACAUAAAUUACCAAGAAAAACUACUUUCGUUGGGAUGAAUCUCUAAGAGAUUUAAGAUUAUUUUACUUCUUAGUAACAUUUGAUUAAAUUGACACAUAUGUAUUUACUCAAUAUAACUAGAAAUUUUUAAGCCACUGAGAUACCUGGAUUAGAAUAAAUUGGUCCAACAUUUGAAUAAAAUUUAGAUAUUCCGAAAUUCAUAGUUUAUGAACAUAAAUUAAAUUUAAGCUUUAAUUUUGGUUAAAGUGAAACCUUUUCAUCAAGUGAAUCUGACUAGAGUUAGUCUUUGGAUUUACUUUUAGAAGAACCAAUUCAAAGUUUAAUUUUAAAUAAAUUUAGGCUAGGAUUAUAAUAAGAAGAACAUGAAAGUAAGAUGAUAAAUAUUAUUAAAUCACUUAAAAAUUUAGAUUAAGAAAAAGAUGAGACAAUAUUUAUAGAGGAUGAUUUCAAAAAUAUUAAAUGUAAUUAUUCAUUUUUAUUAAUUAAUAAGCUAUAUCAACUGGAUAAUUGACAUUAAUUAAAAAAGCUAAAAAUCAUUUUUUGCAACCAAUUGAGUUCAGAUGCAUCAUUAAUACACUAGAUUAAAAUACUAAAAAUUAAUUAUUAACUUUCCCAUAAUAAGCCAGACCUAUUAAUGAGAUAUUGGAUUCAAUCUGUUGUGAUAAUGAUGUUUGGGCUUUUAAAUAGCUUGAAAAAUAUAAUAAUAAGGCAAUCUUAAAACAAAGAAUUUUAUAUUAAUUGGAUAUGAGAUAUGAAGCAAUAAUUAUUGGAAGAUAUUAAGAUAAAGAACAGGUUAUUGAUAUUGAACAUUAAGAUUUAAUAGAAACCUUAUAAAAUCUCCCUGAAAUACCAAGAUUAAAGAAAAUGGAAAAUUUAUCAAAAACUAAAAAUUCAAAAUAGCAAUAACAAUAAUAACAUUAAUAAAUUACAAGUUUAUAGUCUACAAAAGCAGAAUAAUAAAUAAGAUAAAUAGAAAGUGUAAAAAAAAACUAAAAUGAUAAAAAAUAACUUAAGAAAAACUAAACAUAGACAAUUGUUUAACCAAAUUUAAAAUCUAAAUAAACUAGUAAUUCCCCCGAUUAAACCAAUUCAAAAUUAACAAUGUAAUAUUCUAAUUAAUAGACUAACUAAUAAACUCAAAAUAAUAAUAUUAUAACUCAAUCAACAACACAAUAUUUAACAAAACCAACUAAUUAAUCUUAACAAUCUGUAAAUGUUUCAGGAACGAAAAUAAUUUAAAAAAGUAAAUCAAAUGCAGAUUUAAGUGAAACAUCAUCAAUAAAAUCUUCGAAUAGUUAAUUAGAAAUUAGAUCAUAAAAAAUUUUAGAUGUAGAAAAUUAAAAGCACUAAUAAAAAAUAUAAUAAUAGCAUGAAAUACAAAAUGAAAAAAAAACAAAGCAUCAUAAGACUAAAUCAGAUCAUAUAAUAAAUAAAAUCUAUGAAUAAAAAGUAUAUAUUAAAACAUAAGCAAUUAUUUAGAUUUAAAGUAUGUAAUAGCAUUCACUAAGAAUGAGAAGCCAUGCAGAGGAAUAAACAAGAAGGUAAAAAUAUGAUCAAAAAUACUAAGUAAAGUUUUCAAUUGAAGAUAAUAAUUUUUAAGAAGUAAAUGAAUAAUCUAAUACAUAAAUAGUUUAUGGAAAACUUCAUGUAAUUACCUGAGAUGUAUAUUGAUUAUAGAUUUUCAAAUAAUGAAACCUUCCUUACUUUAGCAACACAGAGUGGAAAUAAGGAUAUUGUAAAAGAAUUAAUAAAAAGAGGAGCGGAUAUUAACAUAUAAAAUGUAUUUUUUUACUAAAAAAGGAUGAUGGGAACACUCCCUUACAUUUGGCUUUAGCAUAUUCUCAUUAUAAUAUAGCUGACAUGCUUAUGUUUUCCGGAGCAUCUUCUCAUAUUUUAAAUAAGUAAGGUAAGAAUGCGUGGAAUGUAAUAUGAUAAAUUUAUGUAUCUACUAAUAAUUUUGAAUCUAUAUUAAAAUUACCAUAGUAAAUCUUUUCUGUAUUAAUUGUGA